GGGAGACUUCAGACUGCAAGCCAAGCGGACAGUGCUGGGUAACUGAAUCGUCCCAAUUCCUGCAUUGAAUUAUUUAUAACGACACUGCUUUAGCAGGAUCAGAAUCAAGCCUCGUUUGGGAUUAAGAUCUAGCCCUUACAGACAACAAUGGCAGACCAGCUGACUGAGGAGCAGAUUGCCGAGUUUAAGGAGGCCUUCUCCCUGUUCGAUAAGGAUGGAGAUGGCACCAUCACCACUAAGGAGCUGGGCACGGUCAUGCGCUCUCUGGGCCAGAACCCCACCGAGGCCGAGCUGCAGGACAUGAUCAACGAGGUCGACGCAGACGGCAACGGCACCAUCGACUUCCCAGAAUUCCUCACCAUGAUGGCCCGCAAGAUGAAGGACACGGACAGCGAGGAGGAGAUCCGAGAAGCCUUCAGAGUCUUCGACAAGGAUGGGAAUGGCUACAUCAGUGCAGCUGAGCUGCGUCAUGUGAUGACCAACCUGGGGGAGAAGCUGACGGAUGAGGAAGUGGACGAGAUGAUCAGAGAGGCCGACAUCGACGGAGACGGACAGGUCAACUACGAAGAGUUUGUGCAGAUGAUGACAGCCAAGUGAGCCAGCAGCCCGUGACCUUCACCUGCCCUUCACCUGGUCACAUGACUACUAAGAUCACUGUUGUCUUAAAUAAUAUUAUUAAUAACUGUAAUAAUAAUACAAGUAAUAACAAACGACCUUCAAUGGGAAACUAAAAAAGUACAUCUAUAAGACCCCCUCACAAAAAAUCAAACCAAACUCAAACCCAACCAAAAAAAGCUUCAAAACCCAAAACGUUAUUAAGUGUUGGAAUUCGCUAGCUGUGGUGCGGUACGUCGCGUCCAAGCCACCACCCUGGCCCCUCGGGUCCCACGCGUGUGUGUGUUUGGGGGGCGAGAGCACCGAGAUGUCUCUUAAGCAUGCGAUCCCUCUCCUUUACGAGACCGGCGUCUUGCUGUAAAGUCCUCGCCUAAAACGAACCGAUUCGUACACUGCGGACUAGCUUAACGAAGGACGCAUCGAUCGAUUGAUCGAGGACGUUGACCUCUUUCUCUCUCCUUACGGUGUCGUCCUGUCUUGGUCCUGGCAGAAAGAUCUAGAAAAUUCCAGUUCGACUUGUCUACCUGAAUUUGUGAAACGAAGUAUUUUAGAGUUUGAUUGAGCAUGAUUAGCUCUCUCCGUAUGAGUUUUGGAGUGUUUGCAGCAGGUUCGUCGUAGCCGCUGCGGCUAAGAGCUUGAUACCAUCACCCUGGAAGACACAGGAUCGUGUACAAAAAGCUAGGUGUUUGUAAUGUAUAUGGAUAUAAUAAAUAUACAUAUAUUCAUUAUUCUAACUGAAAAUAACUGAAAACACUCUACAGAGCAAAAAAAUAAUAAAUAUAAAAAUAAAUGUAAAAAUCUUAGUGAAUGGUUGAAGAGGUUGUGUUUGCGCACAGUAAGGGCAAGACUUACUGUACCUUGUUGGUGCUGUUGGGGUUGUGUUGACCUGUGGCCCUCUAGUGGUAUUAGUCAGUACUGCAGGGGUCAUGGGAAGAUCAUCUGUCUGUUACAGUCAGGUGUGUAGGGAAGGUCCGCAGCACUCAUUAGAGAAAUGCAUGGUUGUAACAUGAACUUUGUUCACAGAGUUUGCGAGAUAAACAUACAUGUAAAGUUAGUAAAGUAAUCUACAGAACUUCACGGUGCAAAUACUACUCCUACUACCAGUAUGUUAUGCUUCUUGUGAUACGAGGAAAAUAUAGCAAACGAGUUGUGCAUCAUUACACAUUAAUGUUUGGUGAAACUUUGCAUUUGCCUGUUGUUUACUGCCGUGUAGUAUGACCUGUGAUAUUGUUUUAUUUUAUUUUAAAGUUGUGUCCAGUUUUACAAAUGUGCCAUAAAACUCCAAGCCUCAAAAACUCAAUCUUGCAAGAUGACUUGUUGAUAUGAUAUACUCAGAUAAUAUGCAUAUAUAUCGAUAUACACACAUUUGAAUAAUUUAUCUAUACACGUUUACAUAAUACAUAAUAUGUAUACUUCAAUUACAAAAUAAAUCUCUAUAUAAUAAACUUAUAUGAAUAUCUAUUUGCACUCAAGUGAACCACCAUACGUGAGAUGUUUAUUAUUAUACUCCAAUGACGACGACCCGCGACACCCCUGCUCUGUUGCCAUGGUGACUUGUCUGCAUCCUUCCUGCUCAUCCUUGUGUGCGCCGCCUUCUGCUUUCUUAACUUCCUGCUUUGUCUUGUAUGUGAUCUACAUCUUCACUUGUAUCUGCUUGAUGACAGCCCAACCGGACGGCUGUUUUUGCCCCCUGACCCCCCCAACACAGUUCUGCCAUUCUGACUAUCAUUGGCCGCGUUUGUGAUGGCGCAUUGCUGCUUUUGCUGUGCAGCGUGCAUGUGCAUUUCGCUAUUUCAAUGCAUUCUGGUUGGAAUUUUUCUAAUCUAGAAGGCAUUGAAAUGGCAAAGUGUGCAUGUGCGCUGCACAGCAAAAGGCAGCAAUUCGCCAUCACAAACGCUGCCAAUGAUAUUCACACGAGACAUCAUUUGAAUUAGCUGGACAUUCACGCCACGCCAGGCGUGAGUGUGCUGAAUAACUAAAUAGUGUGACCGGACACCUGACCCCUUGCGGUGCGAACGCUGCGUGACAGCGCGUCAUCUGGCCCAAAGUGUCUAGCCAAUUAAAAUGAGGCGAGGCGCGUAGUAACCAUCGCGUCAUGGCAGAACUGACUGAUGCUGGGGGAGAAAAAAAGAUUUGAACUUGGCCAAAACUUCAAGGGGAUUUCAGAUAUGGAAGUCGUAGAGGUGAAGAUGGGGGGAGAACAAUGAGAUCCACAUGGGCCUCUGGUCUGUGAACUGGGGGGGAGCGGAGGGAUACAUGUAGCAUGUUACGGGUAGGUUUUUGGGGGACCAGUCAGUGAGUGGUAAACCCUUUUCGGCUGAUUAUUAGUCUGGAUUGUGUGUGUGUCAGGUCAGGUAUAAACGGGAGCAAUGUGUCUGAUAUGUCUGGUCAGGUUGGUAUCAGGUGUUUGACUGACUUUCCUCCCAGCUGUAGCCCAUGCAGCAGGCAGCAGUGCGGACAUACUGCUAAAACAUGUAGAAUUCUCUGCAAAUAAUGUGUGGAAAAAAGUGUUGUUUUGCAAUAAAAAUCUAUAUUGAUGUUCAGAA